AUGGGUAGAGAGUGGGCCUCUCAAUCAGGAACAGGUACCAACCAUCUGCAGAUGAAUGUCACCCUAACCCCACAAUCAUUUACAAACCCUCGGAGAUCUACAUCAACAUCACCAACAUGGCCUUCCUGGGAAUUAAAGUCUUCCUUGAAUGUUGACAGGCUCAAGGACCCCAUGAGACAUUUUCCUGAAAAUGCAAGCUUGCUUCAGAUAAUCAAAUCCACACUGGCACACCCUCCCCCUAGAACUAGGGCUCAGACAGAUUUCUCUUCUGCCCUUUAUCAAGGGAGUGGGCAUAGUGCAUCCCUGGAUCCUCCCAAGGAAUUGGCUCAGGCUCUCACCCACCCAAGACCUCGAGACUCGGAUGAAGCAGCUGACCUGUCAGGUUUGCCUCAACCCAACAUGUCUGUCCCAUUGUCCACAACACCAUCUGUGACAUUGUCGAGUGCUGUCCUGUCAUCUCAGCCAGUGCCAUUAGGAACACCUUCCAUUCCAAACCAGCACACAUCAGGGUCAGACAUUGUUUCAGCUCUUCCAUCCCCAUCCCUCUCUUCAUCAGUUGCUGGCUCACCUCAUACCAUUAUAUUUUCUAAACCUACUGAGCUACCAGACAAAGUGCCUUCAUUCCCCCAGACAGUUCCCCUUGAUUCUUCCCAUAGAGAAAGUACUGAUAAUCCCUUAGACCUUCUUUCCAGUAAAACAAGUCACCCUCCAUCCAGAAAGGCCCAAGAAUUAACAGACAUCCUCAGUCUGGAUUUUUCUGGAUCUACAACUACACAGUAUUCUAGACUGGCCCCAAGUGAGAGACUGCACCCAGAAAGCCCAUCUACAUCUGUGUUUGUGAAUUCCAUGCCAGACAUACCCCAUCUGUCUUCCCCACCAGUUGCGCCUGGAAGUCUACCUUGGCUUCCAAGUCAAACCCCCACAUUGUUGAAGUUCACAGAUAUGUCUUCUUCAGGCCCAGUCCGCACUCAACCAUUCAAAUCAAGAGUGACUAAAAGGGCCCAUGGCAGUGUGUCCUGGCCGGCUUUUGAGAGCUCAUCAGAGAUGCCCGAAGUGGGGUCCAGACUUGUCCAAAGUACAGAUAGAGAAGCCGCUUCCAUGAAAAGGAGACACAGUCAACCUGCCCCUGCUACUGUAAACAAGCCUGUGCAUUUGUUGCCAGCUCCUGAGGAUGUGAAGGCAAGGUCCCAUUCUGCGAAACAUGCCCCUUCCUCUCUGGUGCCAGCCACUUGGUCUUUUGCAUCUGCAGGUGAAGCAGCUGCUGCUCAUGCCACCUCUUCACCAGCAAUGAAAAAUGAACCAGCCUCUUUCUCCACACCCGAAUUCCCACGGCCGUCCCAAAGCAAGGAAUCUCCUCUGCUUACGGUGGCAAAAAAUCCAACUUCUAAAGAAAAGAACGAGGAUGGGACUCCUGCAGACUUGCUCCUCACGGAGACAGGCCAAUCCUCUGGCUAUUACUCUACAACUGCAAGUCUUCCUUUAGGGAAAGAAGGCAGCAUGAUGAGUGCUUUCAUGGGAAAUGAAAAAGCCAAUAUGGUGAUAUCUCCCAGCGCCGUUCCCACUCAGGAGACCACCAGCCAGUCCACCUUAAGUGAGGCCACAUCAGAUUUGACCACCGAUCACAUUCCAGCCGCUGUCCUCACAGAACGGGGAACAAAUCUCACGCUGUCAGAGUUACCUGUUCCUCCUAUUCCACCCACAGAGGGAUCCUCUGCUUCUUUGAAGUCUUCUCCCAUAGCAGAUGCUGAGUCUGAGGUCAGGAUGACACCUGCAAAUACUUCUAAAGUCACGACUUUAGUCCCUAAGCAGGAGGCAGCUAAUCCUCUUCAUUCUUCCAUACCAGCAAGAACCCAAGAGUUAACGAGGACAAUUGGAUCCCAGACUUUUCUUCCAGAAGAAACUGAGUCUCGUUUCUUAGAAUCAGCGAUACCUGUCUUGUCUCACCAAAAAGGUUCUGAUUUAAACGGACAUGAAAAAAGUCCUGUACCUUCAGUGACUCAUUCUCCCAAGAUCACUGCUCCCAAUGGCUCAAAUUUAGCUGCCAAAAUGACACGUUCUCCAGAGGUCAGAGGUUCUGAUUUGCAGCUGACCUUUGCUAAGGGGCUCAGUGUUCAGUAUCCAUCCCUUAAUCCGAGCACAGAGCAAGCCAUGGAGCAAGCUACACAUCAGGCCAGAGUUACUGCUAUUGGAAACUCUACAGACUUUUGGCCCACAGGCCACAAAAACAUCACCUGGGACCUUGAAACAUCCUUCAGUCCACCCCUAGCUCUACGUGAAGCUUUCACAACUGCCGAUCAACAUCUCCUUCCAAGUCCUCCCUCAGAAUCGCCUCCACUUUUCACAUCUCUUCCACCAGCCUCAUCAGAUGUAACUCCUCCCAUCAGCUUGCAGGAAAUGCUUUCAGGGGAAACAGAGACAAGAACCUUAUUUGCCAGUACUCGUCAUCCGUUGCCUACGAGAAGCACUUCUGUGUCAUUCCAGAGUGCCCGCAAAUCUUGGACAUUCCCUGCCACCGUUCUUCCCACACUAACUCAUGCCUUAUUCAAGACAACACCCAAAGUACCGCUGACUUCUCCAGUCCCUGAGAAUUGGACUGUUGCAACUGCUCAUGCAGGUAGUUUGGUUCCUGGUUCCCAACACACAGCAUACUCUUCUAUGUCCCCUGAGGCAGUGCCAACUGUGGCAUCAACAACAGCCACACGGGUGAUAGGAAAAUACACUCUAUCUGCGUUAUCUGCCGCUUUAGUGUCCAAGGGGACUGAAAACAAAAUCUCCGUUCCCUCACCAAUGGUAGCCAAAAGCACCCUGACCCCAGUGCUGGCUAAAAAUGGCACUCCCAGUGGAACACCAGGCUCCCAGAUGGCGGCGAGUACAACCAAGGCAAUUGACACUCCCACAGCUUCCCCCUUCGUAUCCACGACCCACAGAACCACGCAGGCGAAUAUGAUCACAGCCGCUGCAAGGUUGUCAACAACACAUUUCCCUGGGAAAUCUCAAGCCAUGCAAUCGGACUACCACAAAGCAGCCAACUCUGAAAUGCCCAGAAUCUCCACUACAUUCCCACUGACCAUCAUGGCAGCUCUGACGUCUAUUACCACAUCAGGGAAGGCAACUAAACUCCCUCCCUUACCCGUGGAAAACACAUCGGCCGCUCUCCCAGUGGCUUCAACUACUGUGGUCACAACCGGCAAAACCACCUUGAAUCUAGAGUGUCAGAUGUCCAGGAAACUAACGGUGAAGACAGUUCUCUUUCUCACCCAGAGGAGGCUACAGAUCAAUGAUUCCCUGAGGCCUGAUGUAGCCAAAGGGCUCACACAAGCCCUGCAGAAAGCUUUCCGCCAGAAUGAUAUCUAUGCACACGUGGAAAUUCUGGACCAUUCCCACAAUGUGACAGUUGGUUAUUAUGUCACCAAGGGGAAACUGGUUUAUAUUCCUGCUGUUGUCGUUGAGAACCUGGUUGCUUAUGGCAUUAGCAAUGUCACUGCUGACCUGAAGCAGCAUGUGCCAAACCUGCAGUCUGUGGCAGUGCUGGCCUUGCCAUGGAACCCCCAGCCAGCCUACGCCUUUCAGCUGAAGACAGUGUUGCAGUUUGUGGGCCAGUCAGACAACAUCCAGUCCUGCAAAUUUGUUCAGACGAUGGAGCAGAGGCUGCAGAAAGCAUUUCAGGAUGCAGAGAAAAAAGUUCUGAGUACCACUAGCAACUUGACUGUGGAGAUUUUGAACACGUCGAAUGCCUCCCAGGCGGUUACCUUGACUUACGCAGUUUGGAAUCAGAGCACACUCCUGAAUGGCACGGUCUCCAGCAGCCUUCUGAGCCAGCUGUCGGCCGAGCUGGUGGGCUUCUACCUCACCUACCCACCCCUGACCAUUGCAGAGUCCUUGGAAUACCCAAACCUCGAUGUCUCAGAGACAACUAGAGACUAUUGGGUGAUUACAGUUCUGCAAGGAGUAGACAACACCUUAGUGGGACUCCACAAUCAGAGUUUCGCCAGAGUCAUGGAACAGCGGCUGGCCCAGCUGUUUAUGAUGUCCCAGCAACAAGGCAGGCGGCUAAAGAGGGCCACAACUCUUGGGAGCUACACAGUUCAGAUGGUGAAGAUGCAGCGCGUCCCCGGCCCCAAAGAUCCUGCAGAAUUAACGUACUACACGCUGCACAAUGGGAAACCUUUGCUAGGCACGGCGGCCGCCAAGAUCUUGAGCACCAUCGACUCCCAGAGGAUGGCUUUGACCUUACACCACGUAGUUCUUCUACAGGCUGAUCCGGUCGUUAAAAACCCUCCCAACAACCUGUGGAUUAUCGCUGCGGUCCUGGCGCCCAUUGCUGUGGUCACUGUGAUCAUUAUCAUCAUCACGGCAGUGCUUUGCAGGAAGAACAAGAAUGACUUCAAGCCAGACACCAUGGUGAACCUGCCUCAGAGGGCAAAACCAGUUCAAGGCUUUGAUUACGCCAAACAACAUCUGGGCCAACAAGGAGCUGAGGAAGAGGUCAUCCCGGUGACCCAGGAAACAGUGGUCCUGCCCCUCCCAGUCAGAGACGCCCCUGCCUCCCAGGAAAGAGAGAUUGCCCAAGACGGGAGUACCAUUAAAACGGCCCAGUCCACUGAAACAAGGAAGAGCAGGUCGCCCAGUGAGAACGGCUCGGUCCUUAGCAGUGAAUCAGGGAAGCCCAGUCCCGGGAGGCCAUCGUCCCAGAACGUGACGGCCACGGCCACAGCGCAGCAGCAGAAAGUGACAAAAGAGGAGGGAAGGAAGAGAAACGUGCCCGUGAGUGACGAAGAGGAAGGUGCGGGUCUCUUUGAUAGCACAGGCAAGCCUGUGGCCGAUCCAUUCGACACGUCGUCUGGCUCAGUACAACUGAUUGCUAUCAAGCCAGCGGUGCUGGCCCCUGCCCACCCGGCAUCUGAACGGAGCCAGGAGUCAGCCAUCAUUAAUGGAGAGGUGAACAAGGCCUUGAAGCAGAAGUCUGACAUUGAACACUACCGUAACAAACUGCGCCUUAAGGCAAAGCGGAAAGGCUAUUAUGACUUCCCCCAGGUAGAGGGUAACAAGGCUCUGACGGAAAGAAAGAUGUACGAGAAAGCACCGAAAGACAUUGACCAUGUCUUGGAUACCGAGCCGGAGGUACCCUCUCCGUUUGGCGAACCCAAAAGCAGGCAACAGAUGAAGAACUCUGUGUACCGAAGCCGGCAGUCUUUAAACAGCCCCAGUCCGGGAGAAACCGAGAUGGAUCUUCUUGUGACACGGGAGAGACCCCGACGAGGAAUACGGAACAGCGGCUAUGACACUGAACCUGAAAUUAUAGAAGAAACUAACAUUGACCGAGUUAAUGAGCCUCGAGGCUACCCAAGGUCACGCCAGGUGAAAGGUCAUUCAGAGACAUCUACCCUCAGUUCUCAGCCAUCCAUUGAUGAAGUCAGGCAACAGAUGCACAUGCUCCUGGAAGAAGCAUUCAGCUUGGCCUCCGCAGGCCACAGUGGGCAGAACAGGCAGCAAGACACUUAUGGCUCAGCCCAGCACUUCCCUUACUCUGAAGUGGUAACAAGUGCCCCUGGGACCAUGACCCGCUCAAGGGGUGGAAUGCAAUGGGUGCCUACCUAUAGACCAGAAAUGUAUCAGUACAGUCUGCCAAGGCCGGCCUACAGGUUUUCUCAGCUUCCUGAGAUGGUCAUGGGGUCUCCUCCACCCCCGGUACCUCCCCGCACUGGUCCUGUGGCUGUUGCUUCUCUCAGACGGUCCACUUCUGAUAUUGGCAGCAAGACGAGAAUGUCUGAGUCCAGCGGCCCAGAGCCAGCACAACUGCAUGACAGCACCCCCUUUGCCCAGGUUUCCAGAGGACCAGUCUCUGUCUCUCCAUUGGACCAGUCUGCUUUAAAUUACUCAGGAAGCACAGUCCCAGCUGUGUUUGCCAUUCCAGCUGCAAACAGACCCGGAUUCACGGGCUACUUCAUCCCCACACCACCCUCGUCCUACCGGAACCAGGCCUGGAUGUCGUAUGCAGGAGAGAACGAGUUACCAGGGCAGUGGGCAGAUUCGGUUCCACUCCCAGGUUACAUAGAGGCAUAUCCCCGGUCACGCUACCAACAGACAUCCCCUUCGAGACUCCCCCGGCAGUACAGUCAGCCCACCAACAUGCACCCAAGUCUGGAACAGGCCCCCCUGGCCUCCACGGCAGCAUCUCAGCAGAGCCUGGCAGAGAAUGAUACUUCUGACACUCCGCUGACCAACAUUUCCACAGCAGCCCUGGUGAAGGCUAUUCGGGAAGAGGUCGCUAAACUGGCCAAGAAACAAACAGACAUGUUUGAAUUCCAGGUCUAACACUUAGGAGUUCUCCACUCUUGUAGCCAUUGAACUCCAAACCAUGAAGCCUACAAAGAGACAAGGAAAUGUGUCUUUGGUUUGUUUGUUGGGACUUGGGAGAGAGGGUGGAUUUCUGUCUUACCCAUCACUUCCUGGAAAGUUGAACUCUGGGGUUUCUGCUAAGUGGAGCAACUCCUUGAAUAGCAAAGUACUUGACCUGUCUAUUAGGCUGGCCAGUCAAGGUUGUCUUGCCUGGCGACUGUGUGUUUGAUACGCUGAUACAUUAAAUCCAUGGAAUAUGAUUGUAUGUCCUGAGAAGCCUUAGGCAUGAGAGAUGCUAUUUGAUAGAUUGCUCUUCAAUGCCAUAUUUCAUAAGUAACCAGAGAGAGGACAAAAUCCAGACAUGACUACCAUGACCUCUGCAUGCUCAAUCUGUAUUUCUGUGAUAAAAAGGUGAGGACAAACGCCAGACUGCAUUCUUUCUCAUUGGAACAAUAGCAAAAUUUAAACGAAAAAUAAAAUAAAAUAAAAUCAUCUCUGAACUUGGGAUAAGGGAAACCGAAUCCAAUCAAGUAACUUCAGCCCUUUUUAUUUCAAGCUCAUGCUCAAGGCCAAGUGAAAUUUAUGUUUCUGGUUCUCCCCAAACAAUUGCCCUUGUAAAUAGUCCCGACUUGGUUUCUCAUUAAGCGUACAAUGGCCCGAAAGCAGAGAAGAUGGGAGAGGAGAUUGAUUGUGGCGGCUUAAUUGGUGUUUGCCAAAUUCUUAAAGGCCCCUGUUGAGCAUCUGAAAAAGUGUUGGCCUUUGGAGAAUAGAAUGCAUUGUGAGUUGUGCUGAAGACCUAACAAAAAAAAAAAAAGAAGAAGAAGAAGAGAGAAUUGCUGCAAAGUGCUUUUGGGAAUUCUGUAAAUGAAAAAUGGUUAUUUGAGUCUGUUUUCUUUGCCCUACAUUGAAAGUAGCCUGAGAACCAACCAUCUCUCUCUGUUUCUCUUUCUCUCUCUCUCCUGGAAUAAUAGGUACAUCUACUUUCACAAGGAAACCUCUGUUUAUCAUAAAGCUUUCCAGCUCUCUUGAACAAUGCUGUUCAGUAAAUGCUGCCAGGUGUCUCAAAAUAAAACUCUGAUUGAUGUCUGUUCAAAACGGGAUAUGUGAAUCUGCAGACUUUCAAAUUCCCAGCCGAUGUUUGUAGAAACUUUGGAAUAUGGGCAACCUGUUGACUUAUGUCCAAUGUAAAGCAAUGAAAACAAGCGUAUGAAUUUAACCAAAUCAUCUUGUUCGGUGGAAGCAAGGAGUUGGGGGGAAGGGGCUGGUAUUUACUAAAAUUACAGACUGCUGACCAUGGUGUGCUUAAUGUUAAUAAUCCCCUUUCACCACUGGUAGGGAAUCUGACCUCUUCAGCUCAUUGUAAGGGACACAUCAUCCCCGUGAGCUACUGAACGUGUCCAGAAUUCAUUUUCCCCACGUCAAAUCAAAUAAAGUAACAUCUUGACCAUG